CUUAAUUACUAAAUCGAGUCUAACUUUGGAAUUGGAUCCGGUCAGUCUCCUCCACAAAACUAUUGAAAAACAUGGACACACUUCACUCUGAGACAACCCCUCUUCUGCCUUCUCUUCCCAACUCAACGCUUUGACUCCUACUGCUUGCUGUCCUCAGGGAGAAGUCAAGAUUUGGGUAGGGUACUGGUAGGGGAAGUAGUACAUCAUGUUGAAGAAGCCGCCAAGUAGGAACCAGAGAACCAAAGGAAUCAGGGUGAAGCAUAUAUUGCAGAUUGCAUUGCUGCUUGGGGUAUGCUUUUGGUUGAUAUAUCAGCUCAAGCAUUCCUAUGAUAAGAAGGCAGCAUUGGCUGAGAAUGAUCGAAAAACCUCGAUCAGAACCCAAACGGAAAGUGAGCUUCUGAAACUUGGGAGGAAAGACCUUCCAAACUUGGAUGUGACAGCACAUGUGAAACGAGAUGAAGAUGAGGAGGAAGAAGCUCUAAGAGAGGAAGAAGAGAAACAUGAGGUAGAAGAUGAGAAACAUGAAGCAGAAGAGCGAGAAGAAGAGGAUCCGAAGCAUGAGGUAGAAGAGAUCGAAGAAGAGGGUCAGAAGCAUGAGGGAGAAGAGCAAGAGGAGGAGGAAAACAAGAAUGAAGAUCCCGAAGAUGAAGGAAAAGGAGCAGGAGAUGAAGAGAUAGAUGAAAAUGAUUUGGAUGCACAAGAAGGGGGAGAUGAUCGUAAUGAGAACCUUGUAGAUGAAGAGAAAGAAAGAGAAGAUGGGGGUGAUGAGAAGGAUGGUGCCAGGAAUGAGGAUGAAGAAAGAGAAGACCGAGAAGAAAAUGAGAAUUCAUCGGACGAUCAAGAUAAUGAAGGAAGUGAUACGAAUGCUCAUGAGGCACGAGAGGAACAUUAUAAGGGGGAUGAUGCUUCUAGUGCAGUGACCCAUGAUACCCAAGUUAUAAGCACUGAAACUGAGAAAGUAAGUUCAAAUGAAACCUCUGAAACCAGUGAGGAUGAAGAUGGAAACCAACACAAUAUGAGAUUGGUGCAUGGUGCAACAUCUGAAAAUGGCACUUCAAGUGUACCUGCAAGUGAAGAGAAACUUGAAGGGAAUUCGUCCAAUCCUGUUGCAAACUCACUUUUAGAUGCAAAUGUGAAAGUACAAUCUAGUGAACUGCCAGAAGCAGAAAAUAACUCAACAAUUGUGAGUUCAGAAGUAAGCAACAACUUAGCUGAAGUCAACCAAGAAACUAGUCCGCAGAAUAAAACUGAAACUAUAUCUGAGUCAGCUCAGUCUCAGAAUGCAGCAGUGGAUGGUAUGGUUACUAGAGAAAGCAGCACAGGACAAACUGUGGUUGUGGAACAGACUAAUAACACAAUAUCUGUGAAUGAUCAAUUGGAUUCUAAUGCAACAGUUUCUAGUCAUGAGGUAGAGACUAAUGUGUCAGAAAAGACCUUAAUAUCUAAUGGUACAGCUGCAGUGGAGGAUAGCUCCAGAUCUUCAACAAUAAAGGAGACUACGGAUGCCACUGAGAAUGAAGAGUCGGCAAAUGACGAUGCCACUAUGAAUGAUGAGUCAAAUGAUCAAGAUGCUACUAAGACUGAAGAAUCGAAUGAUACAAGUGAAGAUGGUAGGGAAGGUGAAGGUUCAGACUCCACAAAUAGGACGGAGGAUGCAGUUCAGGAUGACCCCAUUGAUUCUUCUGAUUCGCAUAUUUCCGAAGAUGAGAAAGAGGCUCGGACAGAUUUAGAUACAUUGCCAGAGAUACAAACAGAGGGGGAUGAGAAUGGAGAGAUUGCAGCAGAAUGAUGAUGAUGGUCCUUAGGUUCUUCUGGUACAUUCCCAUAUUUCAUGCUUGCCUUUGUUCUUGAUAUGCAAGGAGGGAUGAAAUCCCCCAUGCAGUAAGGUUUUGUGUUUGUGAAUUUGUUAAUGGCUAGAAAAUCAACACAGCAGGUAAAAUGCAGGCUAGUUUAUAUCAUCAGCAGCUUUAAUCUGUAAAACUAGUUUACAGUUUCCACUGUAUUAACUUUCUUUUCAUUAAUUCAUUCCUUUCCUGUGGUUUUUGCUUGGAAA